UGUGCUCCCUCAAAUUAGCCCAACUGGAAAUCCUAAAAUACUAUACAUAUCCUCUUCCUCUUCCUCUUCCUCUUCCUGGUCUUCUUUUGCUUAGAUUUUCACCUUUGCAGAAGAUCUACAAUGGGUGCUGCAAAGCUCCAUGGCAAUGAUGAAUUGCAGAAUCCAUCUAUUCAGCCAUCUCCUGAAGAGUCAAUCAGUUCUGUUGAAUCAUCUUCUUCAUCUGAUUUAAUGGAGGAUGCAGCCUCUUCACCUUCUUAUGGGCCUUUGUAUGAGUUGUCUGAGCUCAUGGCCCAGCUCCCUAUCAAGAGAGGGCUUUCCAGGUAUUACCAAGGCAAGUCCCGGAGUUUUGUAUCCAUGGCAAGUGUGAAAAGUGUUGAAGAUUUGGCUAAGAAAGGGAGAGAAAACAGAAGGAAAAUGAAGCCAUGUCAGAGCUACGGAGGAGGAUUUGACAGCAAUCAUAUAUACAGUCCAAAGGCUGCAAUGUUUAAGAAGACUUCAAGGUCAUCUCUUCUUCCUUCAUUUGGUGGGAGGAGAGGCACAUUAAUGUUGAGUAGUUGUAACCAUCCUAUUUCUGUGCAGAAGAAUCCCUAAUGUAAUGUGGCAUAGCUGUUUAAGAUCUUACCUUUUUGUUUCAAGAAAUUUAUCUAUCCAUCCAAUUCUUCCAUUUC